CUCCCCUCUAUCAUCUCUCUCUCUCUCCAGUCCCCCCAACCCUUGCUCUCUCGAGUCUUGUUCCAUUGAGCUUCAAUAAUAUUUCUGCCCCUCUUUUGCUUCAUUAUCCACUUCUAUAAACCUCUCAUAAACCUCAGAAUUUUAGACUACAGCUAUUACUCACAAUACACAGCAUACAUAUACAUAUAUAUCCAUUCCCAGCUAUCAGCAUAUAUAGUUGUUGUAGUAGUAAUAGAGGGUUGUGCAGCUUCUCAUUGAUGCUCGGAUAUUAAAUGCUGCAUUAAUUGAAGAGCUCUCUUCGCCAAAAUCUCGCACUCUGUCAUCCGAGCUUGAAGAGUUGCUAGAAGAAAUUGAUUUUUCGAGCUCCCUGCCAGUAUUCUGAUUAAGGCUGCAGGCUGAUAAUGGCACCAAAGAAUGUUCGUGGCAAGACGAAAGGAGACAAGAAGAAGAAAGAAGAGAAGGUUCUUCCUGUUGUAAUGGAUAUAAGGGUGAACCUUCCUGAUGAAACUCAUGUGGUUCUCAAGGGAAUUUCAACGGAUAGGAUUAUCGAUGUCCGUCGAUUACUCACCGUGAACACCGUGACUUGCAAUAUUACCAAUUAUUCAUUGUCCCAUGAGGUAAGAGGCCCACAACUAAAAGACGUAGUGGACGUUGCCGCAUUGAAACCUUGCGUUCUCACUCUCGUAGAAGAGGACUACGAUGAAGAGAGCGCCACGGCGCACGUUAGGAGGGUGCUGGAUAUAGUGGCCUGCACGACGUAUUUCGGGCCGUCGGCGAACAGAGACUCCAAGGCUGACAAAAAUGCGCCGGAUACAACCAAGGCCUCCAAGAAGUCGAGCAAGUCCAAUGGCGGAAACAAUAAACAACAACACUCUUCACCUCCGCCAACGCCGUCGUCUCCAGCUGCUGCGGCCGCGGCGAAAGAUGCUGCUUCAAUCGACGGAGAAGGAGAAAUGAGCAGCGCGUGCCCUAAGCUUGGUACCUUUUACGAGUUCUUUUCCCUCUCUCAUCUCACUCCUCCUCUCCAAUUUAUAAGGAAAGCAACGAAACAACAGGAUGAUGAGAGCUUGGGCACUGAUCACAUUUUCUCUCUUGAGGUGAAGCUUUGCAAUGGAAAGCUGGUAGCAGUUGAAGCUAGCAGAAAAGGUUUUUCUAGCAAUGGAAAGCAGCAGAUUCUGUGUCACAAUCUUGUUGAUCUGUUAAGACAACUCAGCAGAAAUUUUGACAAGGCCUAUAACGAUCUAAUGAAAGCUUUUGCAGAGCGUAACAAGUUUGGAAAUCUCCCAUAUGGCUUCAGAGCUAACACAUGGCUUAUUCCCCCUGUAGCGGCAUUACCACCUUCUGUUUUUCCACCUCUUCCCACUGAGGAUGAAAGGUGGGGAGGAAAUGGAGGUGGUCUUGGCAGAGAUGGCAAAAGUGAUUUACUACCUUAUGCUAAUGAAUUUUCAUUUCUUGCUUCUAUGCCAUGCAAGACAGCAGAGGAGAGGCAAAUUCGAGACAGAAAAGCUUUCCUUCUUCAUAGCUUGUUUGUAGAUGUUGCCAUUUUUAGAGCUAUUUCCGCUGUCCAGCUUGUAAUGCGAAUGCCAGAAUUAGCUUAUUCUGCUGUACGCACUCAGACAAUUUAUACAGAGAGAGUAGGAGAUUUAUGUGUAUCUGUCACAAAAGAUGUUUCAGAUGCUAGCUGCAAAGUAGAUACUAAGAUUGAUGGGGCUCAGGCCACUGAUGUAGAUACAGAAAAGUUAAUUGAAAGGAACCUACUGAAGGGGAUCACAGCUGAUGAAAAUACUGCUGCCCAUGACAUUGCCACUCUAGGGUUUGUUAACAUAAGAUUUUGUGGUCAUAUUGUUACCGUAAAAGUGCAAGGGAGAGAGGAUGAGAAUUUGGGUCCUCCAUUACAAAGCCUUGAGCUGCUUGCUCAGCCUGAAGGAGGAGCCAACGCCCUCAACAUUAACAGUUUGAGGUUUCUUCUCCAUGACAAAGCAGCUUUGGAGCAAAAUAAAUGCAUACCACAUUCUCAAACUUUGGAAUCUGAAGAUCUCAGUUCUUCUCAAGCUUUUGUUGAGAGUAUAUUGGAAGAGAGUCUUAUCAAGCUUCAGGAAGAAGAAGAGCUACGGGAAACUUAUGUGAGAUGGGAACUUGGGGCUUGCUGGAUACAACAUUUGCAAGAUCAGAAAAAAACAGAAAAAGAUAAGAAACUGCCUAAUGAGAAGACAAAGAAUGAAAUGAAGGUUGAGGGACUUGGAAUUCCUCUCAAGUCCCUGAAGAACAAAAAGAAGAAUUCUGAUGGAAGUAGCGUGGAAAGUCAAUCUGGAAACUUGAAGCCUCUUGCAGAUGACAUGAGUGUGGAAGCUGAAAAAUCAGUGUCACUAUGUACAGAAUCUCAUGUUGAGACUGAUGCCAAUGAACAUGAGCUAAUACUGAAGACAUUAUUGUCUGAUUCUGCUUUUACUCGGUUAAAAGAGUCUGAGACUGGGCUUCAUCGCAAGUCAAUGCAAGAGCUGAUUGGCUUAUCACAGAAGUAUUACAAUGAAGUUGCUCUUCCUAAACUGGUUGCUGAUUUUGGUUCUUUGGAACUCUCACCAGUGGAUGGUCGAACGUUGACUGAUUUUAUGCAUACAAGAGGCCUUAGGAUGCGUUCUCUUGGACAAGUUGUUAAGCUCUCAGAGAAGUUAUCACAUGUGCAAUCGCUCUGUAUACACGAGAUGAUUGUAAGGGCGUUCAAGCAUAUACUGCAGGCAGUUAUUGCUUCUGUUGUCAAGACUGAGAACAUGUCUGCAGUGAUUGCUGCUGCAUUAAAUAUGAUGCUUGGGGUACAUGAAAAUGAAGAAUCAAGUAAGUGUUGUGGUGUUCAUUUUCUUGUAUGGAGAUGGCUGGAGGUUUUCCUAAAGAAGAGAUAUGAAUGGGACCUUAGCAGCUCAAACUACAAAGAUGUGAGGAAAUUCGCAAUUCUUCGUGGUUUGUGCCACAAGGUUGGCAUCGAGCUGGUUCCAAGAGAUUUUGAUAUGAAUUCUCCAAACCCUUUCCGAAAAGUAGACAUUGUGAGCCUAGUGCCAGUUCACAAGCAAGCAGCAUGCUCUUCUGCAGAUGGACGACAACUUCUGGAAUCAUCAAAAACAGCUCUUGAUAAGGGAAAACUUGAAGAUGCUGUAAGCUAUGGAACCAAGGCUCUAGCAAAGCUUGUAGCAGUAUGUGGUCCGUACCAUCGAAUGACUGCAGGAGCUUAUAGCCUUCUUGCGGUAGUUCUGUAUCACACUGGAGAUUUCAAUCAGGCCACAAUCUACCAACAAAAGGCCUUGGACAUCAAUGAACGAGAGUUAGGACUUGAUCAUCCAGAUACAAUGAAAAGCUAUGGAGAUCUUGCUGUAUUCUAUUACAGACUUCAACAUACAGAGCUAGCUCUCAAAUAUGUCAAGCGAGCUCUAUAUUUGUUGCAUCUUACAUGUGGCCCAUCACAUCCCAAUACUGCUGCAACAUACAUAAAUGUCGCAAUGAUGGAGGAAGGAUUGGGUAAUGUGCAUGUUGCCCUCAGAUACCUCCACAAAGCACUUAAAUGCAACCAAAGGCUACUUGGUCCUGACCACAUUCAGACAGCUGCAAGUUACCAUGCCAUAGCAAUUGCACUCUCCUUGAUGGAGGCAUAUCCCUUGAGCGUUCAGCAUGAACAGACAACCUUGCAAAUUCUACGGGCAAAGCUAGGCCCAGAUGACCUUCGCACACAGGAUGCUGCUGCAUGGCUUGAGUACUUUGAAUCCAAGGCUUUUGAACAACAAGAAGCUGCUCGAAAUGGUACUCGGAAGCCUGAUGCAUCUAUUGCCAGCAAGGGCCACCUCAGUGUGUCAGAUUUGCUUGACUACAUAAAUCCGAGCCAUGAUACCAGUGGGAGAGAUAAUCUGGGGGCAAAGAAGAAAAAUUAUGUUACAAAGACGAAGGGAAAAUCUUACCAAAGCAGCAUUGCUUCACCUACCUCUGAGGUGUCUCCUAAAGAUCCUCUGAAAGGAGCAUCUGAUGAAGAAGAGAAACAAAUUCCUGAACCUGAAAGUUCUCCUACAAUAAACAGUGUAUCCACCUUUCAAGCAGUUGGGUCCAAGCAAAAUGCUGAGGAUGAAAGUACUGAGGGGGCACAACCUGAGCCAAGACAAAUUCAAUUGUGUAAGAAUGCUGCAGAAAAGCCAGUUGCUACUGAUGUCACCUCUCCUGAAGCACAUGCUGAAGGGGAUGAAGGAUGGCAGCCAGUUCAGAGACCCAGAUCAGCUGGUCUGUAUGGGCGACGAUUGCGGCAGAGAAGGCCAACCAUUGGCAAGGUCUUCAGUUAUCAGAAAAAAGAUGAUGUUUCUGAUGUGGAUCAUGCUAGAGUGAAGCAUAACUGCCAAAGCAGUCGAUAUUACCUGUUAAAGAGACGGGCAACAUCCCCAGGAAGUUAUGCUGAUUAUUAUGUAGCAAAGAGUCCUCCUGUGACCAAAUUUGGUAGGAGAAUGGUCAGAUCUGUAGCAUAUAGAAUUAAGUCUCUGUCGUCCAAGGAAGCAGCUACAGACAGUUCAAGAAAUGGAGGCGAGUUUUCAAAUUCUCCUCAAGAAACUGGCCCAGUUUCUGCAUCAGCAGAGGUUGGAUCAAUAUCUAGGAAGAGUUCAAUUGUAAGCCUGGGAAAGUCUCCUUCUUAUAAAGAAGUAGCUGUGGCCCCACCAGGUAGUAUUCCUUUGUUGCAGGUUAGGGUUCCCCAAAGUGAAACACCUAAAAGUGAUGAAGCUCAGGAGAAUGGGGAGGAAUAUAUUGAACCUCAAAAAGAUUCCGAGUCCAUGAAAGUGGAUGGAGAAAAGAUGAAGGUAGAGAACAUUCAAGAUGCCUUGGUAAAUUCAGCUUACAAUCUGGAAGAUGAGCAAGAAGCCACUGAUAGAAAAGAAACUCUUUCCAAUGAUCCAAUUAAUAACAAGGAUUCUGAAGCUGUGUCUGCAAGUGUGACAAGAGACCAAUCCAGCUGUCUUAACAUUGAUCAAAUGGAACAAGAAUGUGCAAAGACUGGUAAUAAGCCAAAUUCUGUUGAUUCUCCUAGAGCUAUUCAGUUUGAGAAGGAUUCACCAGUAGCUUGUGAUUCAGGAAAUAACUUGCUCUCCACUUCACAAGGGGCUGAUGAUCAAAGAGGGGUCAAAACUGCAGUUUCCUUUUCUACUGAUACUCGAGAAUUGUCUAACAAGAAGUUGUCUGCAUCAGCUGCUCCAUUCAAUCCAUCACCUGCUGUUGCACGCAUUGCCGCAUUGCCUAUGAAUAUUGCCCUCCCUUCUGGUCCAGGAACUGUUCCAGCUAUUGGCCCUUGGCCAAUAAAUAUGCCCCUUCACCCAGGGCCUGCAACUGUUUUGCCGGGUCCAAUUUGCUCCUCCCCUCACCACCCAUACCCUUCUCCUCCGCCAACCCCCAGCAUGAUACACCCCUUGCCUUUCAUGUACCCACCAUAUACUCAACCACAAACAUUACCUCCAAGUACUUUUCCUUUAACUAGUGGCCCAUUCCAUGCCAAUCAAUUUGCGUGGCAGCACAAUGUAAACCCAAAUGCUUCAGAGUACGUUCAUGGAACAGUUUGGCCCAGCUGCCACCCUGUAGAAUUUCCUACCCCACAGCCUGUAGUUGAGCCCAUAACUGAUCCCACAUUGGAGCCAAAGAAGGAAUGUGACAAUUCUGAGGGUCUGAAUUUGGAACCAAGUUUUCCAUUGGAUCUUCAUUCUGGUGACGAGGCUAAGAAAGAUACAAGACUUCCAGCAUCAGAGGCAGUUGAAACCUUCAAUGAUAUUUCUGGUGUUCAUCUAGAAAAUGAGAGAGUUACAAGUGCUUCAAAUUCACCGAGCAUCCCCUUUCUUGGGAAUCAAUCCAACAACCCUAAUGAUCAAAAUGAAUACACUGGAAAAUGUGGUAAACAUGUUCCACGGAGACACCAGCAGAAAGAUGAUAAUGAGAAAACAUUCAACAUUUUGAUAAGGGGGAGAAGGAACAGAAAACAGACUCUGAGAAUGCCAAUUAGUUUGCUAAAGAGACCUUAUAGCUCACAAUCAUUCAAGGUCAUGUAUAGCAGAGUUAUCAGAGACACGGAAGCUCCAAAAUCUGCCACUUUUGCUUCGAAUGAAACUACUACACCAAAUGCUACUUAGGGGGAGCUUUUGCACCUGUCGUAGAUAUAUAUAUAUAUAUAUAUAUAUGAUGAUGAUGAUGAUGAUGGUCAAGGGGAAGUUUAUGACAUUUCUUGCCUUGGUUAUACAGAAGAGACAGCUUUAGCAGAAUGACGUUCAUUAGAUUUUUGACUGCAUUUUGAAAUCUUCAGGUUCUUUCAGCAGAUUCAUUUUUGGGUUUAGAAGGUUUCUUUUGAGCCGAUUCUCUUUCCUUUUGGUCAGUUUAUUCUGAAAAUUUAUCCUUUUGGGUGCAUAAGAGAAGACUCAAAGUUACAAGUCCUUUUUUCACGCUUUUCCUCAAUUUUUUUGAUAAAAUAGAAAGGGCCGCCAUUACUUUAUUUUGAUAGGCUGACUUGGAAAUUAAUCCUGUUCAAUUGUAUAGGACGAUUUAUUCUCUUGACUAAGCAUUAACAGUGGAUAGUUCAUAUUGGAAGCUAUCAUUACCUCGCUUUUUAUUUCUUUCUCAAUCCAAAACUUUCAUUGAUCUGAAUUUCUUUUUUGUAUUCUAGGUGCCCUUGACUUGGUGCUUGUAGUACCUAUCUGGAUUUAUAACUAAAGCACUGUAAAAUUUUGGUUGGUAGAUGCUCUAUCUAGAAUUCAGACGCUUUUGCUUUUCCGGGAA